AUGGGAGGAGACCCAGCGAGGGGGACGGGAGAGCAUCGACCUUUGGGACUAAUCAUUCGUUGCACUUCAGGCUCUGCUUCGAGGCGAAAGAGAAAGCUGCGAUAUAGCACCAAACCUCAACGCUUAGCGCCGCCCCACCCGGCGCACUUCUGGCCUCAAUGCAGCACCAGAGCAGCGCACCCGCCUCGAAGCAUCACGGAAAGCAUCGCCGCAAGCACCAUGGAACGAAAGAGAAAGCUGCGAUAUCGGACCCCGUGUCGGUGCCUUACAAGAAGGUGUGUUGCAAGAAGGUGUGUUGCAAGAAGGUGUAUUGCAAGAAGGUGUGUUGCAAGAAGGUGCGUUACAAGAAAGUGCCUUGCGUGUCGAGGAGGCAUCACGCCAUCCCACGCGGCGCACUUGCGACCUCAAUGCAUCCCCAGAGCAGCGCAUCCGCCUCGAAACAUCACGGAAAGCAUCACGGCAAGCACCAUGGAAUGA